CGCCCGCCCAUCCAUCCUUUCAUCAUCCAGCCAGAAAACGCUAAUCAGUGUCUUUCUCAAGUGGCGCUCAGCGCUGGCGGUAGGGCCGCAGAGGUGAAGCAGCCUGCCCAGGCCCUCGCCCCCAUUUUAGGAGUGCGAAAAGUGAGACCCAAAGCAAGGAAAUGGGGUCCUCCGGAACCCAGCUCUUCCCACUCCAGCCUGCCGCUUCUCACCCCGCGUCGCGCCUCUCAUGAAUGGCAACGCCUUUCCUUAAUUCCCUCGCACAACUGAAAACGCGUGAUUACAUUGGACCUACCCAGAAUCAAAACUACAAGGGCUAUGGGUUGUCAAAGGGAAAAGAACGCGAAGGAGAGUGGGAUUUCUACUGGUGUGAUGUCAGCUGGCUCCGGGAGAACUUUGACCACACCUACAUGGAUGAACAUGUGCGGAUCAGUCACUUCCGAAACCACUACGAGCUCACCCGCAAGAACUACAUGGUGAAGAACCUGAAGCGGUUCCGGAAACAGCUGGAGCGCGAGGCAGGAAAGCUGGAGGCAGCCAAGUGCGACUUCUUCCCCAAAACCUUUGAGAUGCCAUGCGAGUACCACCUGUUUGUGGAAGAGUUUCGAAAAAACCCAGGAAUCACCUGGAUCAUGAAGCCUGUAGCCAGGUCCCAGGGGAAGGGCAUCUUCCUCUUCCGGAGGCUGAAGGACAUUAUGGACUGGAGGAAGGGCACUGCUGGGAAGAAGCUCACCAGCUUGGAGGCCCAGCAGGCCCGGAGUGUUGUCAAUCCCUCUGGCAGCCAUGAUGUAAGAAGUUCGGAUGACCAGAAAGAAGAAAUUCCCGUGGAGAACUAUGUAGCUCAGCGUUAUAUCGAAAACCCCUAUCUGAUAGGAGGCCGCAAGUUUGACCUGCGUGUCUAUGUGCUGGUGAUGUCGUACAUCCCCCUGCGUGCCUGGCUGUACCGGGAUGGCUUCGCCCGCUUCUCCAACACCCGCUUCACACUCAGCAGCAUCGAUGACCAGUAUGUUCACCUCACCAAUGUUGCUGUGCAAAAGACGUCCCCGGACUACCACCCAAAGAAGGGCUGCAAAUGGAUGCUCCAGCGCUUCCGCCAGUACUUGGCAUCCAAGCAUGGGCCAGAGGCAGUGGAGACACUCUUCAGCAACAUGGACAACAUCUUCAUCAAGAGCCUGCAGAGCGUGCAGAAGGUGAUCAUCAGCGACAAGCAUUGCUUCGAGCUGUACGGCUAUGACAUCCUCAUAGACCAAGAUCUCAAGCCGUGGCUCCUGGAAGUCAAUGCCUCCCCGUCGCUGAUAGCCAGCAGCCGGGAGGACUACGAGCUCAAGACCUGCCUCCUGGAAGACGCCCUGCACGUGGUGGACAUGGAGGCCAGGCUCACAGGAAGGGAGAAGCGAGUGGGAGGCUUUGACCUCAUGUGGAAUGAUGGCCCUGUCAGCAGAGAAGAGGGGGCUCCUGACCUGUCAGAGAUGGGGAACUUUGUGACCAACACACACCUCGGUUGCAUCAAUGAUAGAAAAAAACAGCUGAGGCAGCUGUUCCGCUCCCUGCAAGGCCAGAAGAAAGCUUCCAGCUAAUACCCAGCUGCUGGGAGGAAAGCGACCCUGGGAGGUACCAUGCCAGCCAGUCCUCUCCCCACUCCAUUUCCAGCACAGCAGCACCUCAGAGCAUGCACCUCCCUCCCUCUGGCUGGGCCACAGCUGCUGCUUGCUGCUUGGGCUGGGCCCCCUGCAUUCCCCACCCCUGGGUGUCUUUGCACCAGAAGCCAAUCCACUGGACUGGAUGGGUUUUAACCUUGACAGACUGACUUGGCUAACAGGCCCAAAGAGUAAAAACUCAUCAAGUUCUGCUAUCCCAGAGAUCACAUCUAAUAAAUGCGCACAGGCCUUCCUCGAAGUUACUGGGCACUAGGAUUGGCUCAGAGAAUGCUGUCGGCUGCAGCCUCGUCCUCCUGA